AUGUCCUAUGUGCGCGACGGACCACUCUACAAUGAGAAUCCAACGACAAAUCCGAUGCUUUACGAAACGAAAACAGAGACAACGACGGUCCAUGGACCUAAAGUUCAGGUGAUCGAAGUUGAACCCAUAGACUGUAAUCCUGGAAUGUGCGCUCAUCCUAUGGCUCUGUUGAGAUGGUUUCAGCUGGCUAUGUAUUUCUUGUUACAAUGGCUAGUACAAAUCACAUGUGGAGACGAUGCUUGUACAAUGAUUAUGAAUGUGUUCGGAUACACAGCCAUGGGGCAGCUCUUCGUUCUGCUCAUAUUGUUGUUGAUGUCCAUUAUUGUUGUUAUUAUACUGGUCGCUUAUGGGCUCAAUAUCCACAGAACGAGUUAUGCUUCAAUUAUUCUUUUAAUAGAGCGAGUCUACGCAAUGAUUGGAAUCGUACUAUUUAUCGUGGCCACAGCGUUGGGAAUAUGGAUGGCUGUACUUACAAAGGAUCCUGAUGUCAACUAUCAAGGUCGAGGACACUUCCACAUCCGUGGACAAUGGAUUGCUGCAGCUGUGUUCGAGUUUCUCAUGAUAUUUUUGUUCAUAGCCGAUUUCAUGCUACAAAAAAGAGAGAACUAUCCAUUCACGGGAAAGCAGGACAAGAGUCAAGCUUUCCGGACAGAUGUUCUGGGGCCUCAACUUGAAACAUAUGGCGCGCCCCCUUUGACGACAGCAAAAACGACAAGAGAAGAGAUUUAUAACCAGCAGAGCAGAAUUUAG